GAAAACCAGAAACAAGCAACUGCGCGCCGGCGCUCUCGCAGCGUGAGUUCUUGCCUGCCUACCUCCACUGCAUUCCUCUUUCUCCACCUUCCGCCUCCGCCUCCGCCUCCGCGUUCCUCUCUUCUUCUUGGCCGCCUUAGACAAAGGGGACUGACUGCCGUAGACUCGUACGACCGAACCAUCAGCGAAACUAAUUUACACCAUGGCGCUUCGUUUCGAUGUUCUGGCGAGGUUUAAUCGUGCUCGUGCAGCUCGAAUGACGCUCCCUCAUUUUGUAUGUGAGACACCAUUGUUCAUGCCUGUAGGGACGCAAGGGACAAUUAAAGGUUUGACAACUAGCCAGCUUGAGGAGAUUGGCUGUCAAAUAAUCCUUGGGAACACAUAUCAUUUGGCACUACGUCCGACCUCUGAGCUUAUAAAUGAAUUAGGUGGUCUUCAUAAAUUUAUGAAUUGGCCUAGAGCACUGCUUACUGAUUCUGGUGGCUUCCAAAUGGUUGUUUGAUUUGUUAUUUAUUUCCUUCUGGUUUUGUUGUUUCACUUCUGGUUCAGUUGAAGUUUAUCUCAUUAAUUACCUAUGUAUACAGAUGCUUCUUGUUUAUCUAUAUAGCUAUGGGGUUAUUGACUUCAGGUGUCGCUGCUGCAUUUGGCUGAUAUAACCGAAAAUGGAGUGACAUUUCAGUCUCCAGUGGAUGGAAGCCCCAUGCUCUUAACUCCUGAGGAGUCGAUUCAAAUCCAAAACAAAAUUGGUGCAGAUAUCAUUAUGGCUCUCGAUGAUGUAGUAAAAACCACCACUACUGGACCAAGGAUUGGGGAGGCAAUGUAUCGCACAAUUCGAUGGAUAGACAGGUGCAUUGCAGCACACCAGAGACCAGAUGAACAAAACUUGUUUGCCAUUGUUCAAGGUGGUCUGGAUCCUGUGUUAAGGGAUAUAUGUGUUAAAGCCUUGACAAAACGGAACUUACCUGGCUAUGCCAUUGGAGGUCUUGCUGGCGGGGAAGAUAAAGAUUCAUUUUGGCGUGUUGUUGCUCAGUGCACUGCUGCAUUGCCUGAAGACAAACCCCGAUAUGUGAUGGGCGUUGGCUAUCCACUGGACAUAGUGGUUUGUAGUGCUCUAGGAGCAGACAUGUAUGAUUGUGUGUAUCCCACUCGUACAGCUCGUUUUGGCAGUGCUCUUACACCAGAGGGAGUGCUCAAGCUUAGACACAAAGCAAUGGCAGAAGAUACUCGUCCUGUUGAUCCCACUUGUGCUUGCAUGGUCUGCAGAACCUAUUCACGGGCGUACAUCCAUUCCCUUGUCACAAAAGAUGCCAUGGGGUCACAGCUUCUGUCAUAUCACAAUCUGUAUUACAUGUUACAGCUGAGUAGAGACCUACACUAUUCAAUCAUACAAGGAAGAUUCCCGGAGUAUCUCCCACCACCAAAAAGAUUCUGUUCUCUUUCAUUUAUGUUAUUAUUAUGAAGUGAAGAAAUGCAUGCUAGUAUGUUACACACUUGACUGGUCAGCCCUAACAUACAUUGGUUCUUGUUCUUCUCUGUUUCAUGUCUUCCUUCCCAUGGAAGCUGUUGAAGAUGUUUUUGCGGCUCGUUUUUCGCAUAGGCUUCAUAUUACAGAACCGCUGUUUGUUUGUUUUUGCAGUUUCCUAACGGUGACGUCCCCAAGUGGGUCUGCAAUGCCAUGGAGGUUGCAGAAAUUGAUAUUGGAGCUUGUUAGCCACCAUCCUCGUCCGAAGCAGAGGUUCAUGGGUUUGGUCAAAAUGGAUUGAAGUGCAAAUUGAAAUCCCGGGACAAUACUAAAAGUCAUUGGACUUCACUUGGGCUAAUGACAAAAAAGCUCGAGCUGCUGGGCUUCCCUUGACAAUUAUUUCCAGAUCAGGGCCCGUCUGAAAUACUGUAGCCUCCUUCGCUUAAACCCUCUCUGCCUUUCACCCCUGCCAUCUGCUGAGUAGCAGAACCCUAUACAGCUACUGGGAACCUGUAGCAUCAGAGCUUCGUUCGACAAUCGAUUGCGGUUGGUCCUGUAGUAGCUCCUACCAACCGAGGAAUUGGGGGCAUGCUUCGUUGUUGGGACUGAUAAACAUAGUUCUUCUUCAGAUCGAAAAUGCCGUUGGGUCUUAUAACGGGGAUUGCAAGGGCAAUGAGGAGGAAGCGGCCGUCGUCGCUUGACAUUCUGUCCUCCAAACGAGCUCCGCGCAAUUACUACAAGGGCAAGAACUGCAAGCCUACUGGUUUCCACACCCGUAAAGGUGGUUAUGUUAUCGUGCCGGAGAAGUUGCCCAACUACGUAGUCCCUGAUUUGACGAACUUCAUGCUCAAACCGUAUGUAUCUCAGUGCCCAAUAGAAGUUUUGACAACAGAAGCUUCAGAACCGAUCAAAUAGAGGAACUUGUCGUGCAAGGCAUCGGGUAUCUCACUCAGUCUCUACAAGUGUGAUUUUCGAACCGGCGUAUAACUGUUACAAUGGUGUUCCAAGGUUCUUUAGAAUUAGAUUGGUGAAAAUUAAGAUCUGUUGGUCGUUCCUCUCAGUCCUUUGGUAUAUUGUUCAGGCAUGACUUGUUUAGUGCAGGAUGAUUACCUGAAAUAUUUUUACUGUUGGUAUUAUUUGGACAAACCUUCCUUUUACGUGGUUCAAUGUUGAGAGUGCCCCGUACGGUGGACAUGUAUAUAAAAACCUAGUAUGGAGGAAUAAAUUGAAAUGGGAAGAAGUCAUUUCCAGGGCUUAAAUCAAAACAAGAACGUGGGUUUGUUACAGGCUUGUGGUUGAAAAAGUCAGUGUUGUGUUUUGUUGCAUAAUGAAGUUUUGCUCCUAACUGCUGGAAAUGAGAGAACAGUAGAGCAUGCUGGUUAGGGGUGGUAUUCAAUCGGUAAAUCGGUUACCGAUUUUACCGGUUUUCGGUAUGCAGAGUGUGGGUAAGGGGGAAUCGAUUACUGAUACCGGUUUGUAACCGGUUUACCGGUUACCGAAUUACCGGUAAACGGUUACAAACCGGUUUUGCCGACUUACCGUAAGGAGUAGUUGUG